AUGGCAUCCCCCCAAGACACUUCGGAACACAGAAAAGGAUUUCAGCCGCAACUACUAGGGCCUUUUAAUAUAUCAUCGUCUCUCUCGCGACUACCCGAGUCCAAUCUUGAUUCACCAUCGACAACAGUGGUCGAGCCUACCGCAGGCACCGGUGCUGAAGCGCUCAUGACCGACAGCCAUGUAACCCCCAACUCCUCACCAAACCCCAGGCCCCUUAUAUCCCUUGAGUGUGGGAUUUCGGCGACCAAGAAGGACUCAAGCUUCGAACUCGUCAAUUCCUGGGCUAAAGAAAGAGUCACUUCACAGAUUAAUCAAGUAUCCAUCAACUCUCCUCCAGAGCCUUUCCCUGAGCCCUUUAAAGCCUCGAUUAUGCCGGAGCAUGUAUCUGCAGGAGACCGGCCUUUUAAUUCAAGUAUUGCUCCAGAGCAAAGUCGUAAUACAACCUGGAAUGCGCUCUGGAUGGUUACACAAAACCGCCCAGACUUUGAGAGCUUUGCUGCCGAACUGAACUCAUUGAUUCGAUCACUGAGGCAGCAAAUCGAAGAGUCGCCUUCGAUGCCAAUAACCAGCUCUAUGGCCAGGUUAGCUAUGGAUAUCGAACAGCGAGCUACCGAUAUCAAAAAGAGGCAUGGCCAUAAAUUCGGAAGCGACAUAAAAGCAGAAAGCAUAGACAAGGAAGAAUUAAUUAGAGACUGCCGAAAAUUCAGGUCCCAUUUUCAACAGCUACAGACUAACAUGACUAUGGGUAUAUGGGGCAUCGCGAACGAGCAUUCGCUGAAAACAACGCUGAAAGAUAUCAAUCCCUCCAGCCAGGCCAGCUAUGAUUCAAGCCUUUCUGCAGAGAUUAGCCGAAGAGGGUGCACCGAAGGGACGCGUAUAGGAGUACUCGAAGGCCUCGACCACUGGCUGUCUGACUCAACAUCUUCAUCUAUCUACUGGAUGAAUGGCAUGGCUGGGACAGGAAAGACCACCAUUGCAUCUACCUUUUGCGAACGGGUUGACCGCCGCAAGCUCCUCGUCGGCAGUUUCUUUUGUACUCGCAGCCUUGCCGAAUGCAAGAGUGUGGCUCGAAUCAUCCCAACCAUCGCGUAUCAACUGGCCCACUUUUCAACUCCUUUUCAAUCUGCACUAUACAAAAUACUCGGAGAUAAUCCAGGAGCUGCAUCGAAGAACGUGAAAACGCAGUUCGAAAAGCUAUUGCAUGAGCCACUACAACAAACGAGAGACUCAAUGCCGGAUAACCUGGUUGUGGUCAUCGAUGCGCUGGAUGAAUGUGAAGAUCGAAACGGGGUUGAGCUAAUACUUGAUACCUUAUUUUGCUAUGCAGGCCAAGUGCCACUUAAAUUCUUGGUCACGAGUCGACCCGAACAGGACAUUUAUGACAAGAUGUCAGCAAACGCCCAUUGUAGGGAUAUCCUUCAUUUGCACGAGAUCGAGAAGUCUCUGGUACGGACGGACAUCGAGCUAUACCUAGCGGAAGAACUAGCCCGCUUAUCUCCUAGCCGCUCAGAAAUUGAACAGCUCGCACAGCGCUCUGGAACCUUGUUCAUCUAUGCGGCUACUCUAGUCAGGUAUAUAUCUGGCAAGCGCUCGAGGGAUGCACGCAGACGAUUGCUAUCAGUACUCGAUAUUACGUCCGAACCUCUAAAGAAGCAAACUCACCAGAUCGACGCGUUAUAUACCGCCGUUUUGAACUCAGCCCUGAGUGAAGAUGGUCUAGAAGACAAACUUGAAGAUAUUCGAUUGGUACUAUGGACCGUUCUGCUCGCUCAGGAACCAAUUGGUUUGGAGACUAUCGCAAAUCUAGCAGGAAUCGGCAGCAGAAGGCGUGUUGCACAAGCCCUGCCGUCACUACGAUCCGUACUUCACCAGUCGGAGAGAACCGAACUCGUAUCUACACUUCAUGCAUCAUUCCCCGAAUUCAUGCUCGAUUCCGAGCGGUCAAAGAAGCAUUUUUGCAACUCUCUGGAGCACAGUCAAUACUUGGCAUGGAGGUGUUUUGCAAUUAUGAAGGAGCAGCUGCGAUUCAAUAUAUGCGGCCUGGCUUCCUCGCUUGUACCUGAUGCGAAAAUUGAAGACUUACAGCAGCGAAUCGAAUCAAACAUCCCAGUCACACUUGCGGAAUUGUCGCUCGGUGUAGACGGGCUGCUAAAAGUACAAAAGUGGCUGGUGCACUACGUUACCGAAUCUUCUUCCGAACUUAUACUUUUUGUUGACGAUGCACGCAGCUUUGUAACAGCAUUCGCCGUGAACCCUCCAUCACGGUCCACGCCUCAUAUAUAUGUCUCGUCACUACCAUUCUGUCCUCGAUCAAACUCAGUCUAUAAACACUACUGGGAACGAACACGGGGCCUACUGGAGCUGAAAGGAAGUUUGAUGGAGCGUAGAGAGGCCUCACCAUUAUCAAUUUGGACUUAUUCAUCGGAGAUACAAUCACUUGCGAUAUCACCAGAUGGCACUCGGGUCGCGAUCGGGUGUCUUGAUAGAACGGUCAGCAUACUAUCCGCCUAUGAUGGGACAAUUUUUGUCGGACCUUUAGAGGGUCAUGCCAACGUUAUCACAUCAGUCGCGUUCUCGCCUGAUGGAGGACUUGUUGCCUCGGCGUCCCUGGGUACCUUCCGAGUUUGGAACGCAUACAAUGGUACUCUUAUCGCCGGCCCAUUUGUGGGACAUAUGCGCCAUGUCAACUCGGUUUCUUUCUCCCCAGAUGGCAGAAGAGUAGUUACUGGUGGUCAUGACUGUACCAUCCGAGUAUGGGACAUAUACAAAAAAAGCAUUGCACUUGGCCCAUUGACGGGAGAAGAUAGCCGCGAAGGUUAUAUGCUCUGUGUCACGUUCUCGCCCGACGGCACUCUCUUUGCCUCAGCUUCCGCCGAUGGGAUUAUUCAACUAUGGAAUUCGGAUAACGGUCGUCUUGCCGCACCCCCGUUCAAAGGCCAUACUGGCCGGGUUGAGUGUCUAGUCUUUACUCCGGAUGGGACUCGGCUCGUUAGUAGUUCCAACGAUAAUACUAUCCGAGUCUGGAACAUUGCAGAAGAAUCGAUCGUCAAUAUCUCCUUUGAGUUUUGUGAGACUGGUGUUAACACGCUAGCCAUAUCGCCUGACGGAACACGUAUUGUUGUUGGAUCUAAUGACCGCGCUAUUCGAGUCUGGAAUGUUGAUAGUGGAAAACUCGUAGCAGGUCCAUUCUUCGGGCAUUCUGAUAUUAUCAAGUCAGUGGCUUACUCACUCGACGGCACUCAAGUUUUCUCAGGCUCCUCAGACAAGACCAUUCAUGUAUGGAACGUACGGGAUGGCAGGCUUCCUCCCCCUCUCCUCCCACCACAGAGCGCUGUGGUAGCCAUAAGAUCCAUGACGUUCUGUCCCGAUAACACACAUGUACUUUCCAGCGAUGUACGCGGCGUCAUUAGAAUAUGGAACGUAUUCGAUGGCUCGUUUGUCACGUCUCCAUCCGAGGGGCACUUCUUUCCUACACCAUUAUCCCUCCUAUCCUCAGACGGCGCUCAUAUUGCCAGUACGUGUAAAGGUGGAAAGAUACAAGUUACGAACACAUCGGAUGGAUCUCUGGCUGCAGGCCCAUUUGGAGUCGAGCGCGCUUCACUUUCAGCUUUCUGGUUUUCUCAUAGUAACCAGGCCAUUAUAAUGGGAUGUGGGGAUGGAACAAUCAAAGUUUACGAUAUGCGGAGCGGAAGGUCUGAGAUAGGCUCUUUCAAAGGCCACUCGAGAGGCGUUAGUUCGCUCACAGAAUCCUUUGAUUGCUCCCGGCUUGUUUCCUACUCCGAUUACGAGAACAUAUUUCGAGUAUGGAACAUCGGUACUCCUGCGCUCAGUCUUGAACCUCUUACAGAUACGGCAAUUAACACUACGUCUCCAGACAGCUAUGCUUUGGUCUAUGAUGGAUGGAAUAUCAAUAAAGAUGGAUGGAUGGUAAACAGGAACCAAGAUCUUUUGUUCUGGCUGCCGCCUGAUGUUGCUUCUGCAUGGUGCUCGCCUUAUGCAGAACUCGUCGUUACACAGUCUGGGAUACUCCAAGUUCCAAAACAGAAGCCAAUUGUUGGAUAUCAAUGGGAAAGAUGCUACAUUUCUAAAUGA